AUGAGACCCACACAACUGCUCAGAGCGACAGCUUACAAACCCAUGAUCCGAUUUUUAGGUCAAAGGAAAAACCUUGAACAUGGCCCACAUCCACCUGCUCCUCAUCCAGCUUCACCACCCGAAAUAAAAGAAUCAUUUCAAUCUUUUUUAGCAAAGUUGCAAUCAUCAAGUGGUGGUUCAGGAUCAACUUCAUCGAAUCCCAAAGCUCAAACUUCAAGUGAAUCAAGUAAAGGUAUAGUCAGAUCUGAAGAAUCAAAAAACACCUCAACGUCAUCCUCAUCGUCGACCUCAACGUCAUCAAGUCCAAGUGCAAGUGCAAGUGGGAAAGGAUCUGGGAAACCUGUUGAUUUCGAAAAUUACUGGGAAGCUCCAAGUUAUCUUUGGACUCCAAAGGAAGUCAGCGAAUUUGAGAUGGAAGCUGUCAUGAGCGGUGGUGCAACGGAUAUUCGAACUGGUCCAUAG